GCAGAAUUUUGAAGUAUUGUUCUGAGUUCGUAAACCAUUCGCGAUGGCUGAUUUCUUCAUGGGAGACACACCUCAUGGAUGGCUUAAACGAGUGAUAUAUAAGAAAUACCUUCAGGCGUAUGUAGCAAAGAUAUUAAAUUUUAAUUUGAACGUUGUGCUAAUUGAUGGAUUCGCUGGUGAAGGGAGAUAUGGGAGUGAAUGGAGAAAUGAAAUAGAAAGCUAUGGCUCUCCAUUGAUUAUGAUCAUGGUAGUCUUGCAGUUUUACUGCAAUUUUAUCGACAUAAAAAAUAAUCAAACGAUUGGAACCACAUGGACAAAUCUACAUGAAACUGCUAUCCGUCGAUUUAUGGACGAACCUACCGAAGAGGAUGAAGAGGUCAGAGGGGCGGAGUUAGGUGACAUUGGAAUAACAUACAUUUACCUCGUAGAGAAAGAUCAGAAACACUUUCAAGCCUUGAAACGCAAUAUACAAUUGUACCUGGGUAAAAUUUUCCCUUCAGACGUGGAAUUAGAAACCGAAAGUGACCAAAGUGUCAUCAUACGGGUGAGGCAUCCCCAGUUUCCUAUUACAAUAAGUAUUGAAAGAAAAACGUUCGGUGAAUUCCACCGCGAACGAGUUCCUGAUUCAAAAACGCUGACUAUUGUUGAUCCAUUCGGUUACAGCCAUACCCCAAUGCAACAUGUGCAGAAAUUUGUUGACACGGAAAGUGAAGUGCUGAUUUCGUUUAUGAGCGGAUUCGUAAAUAGAUUUUGUAGACGGAAUCUUGAGGCUGUUGCAAAAUUGUACGGCAUUGAAAGGCAAGAUAUGUAUCUUGCCGAGUUCGUGAGAAUCGUAAGAAACAACGCAGAUGGUAAUCCAGCCGAAAAUCCGAAAUCCUGCACCAAGAGUUAUAUAAAUCAUAUGAAAAAGCGCACUGGAUCGGCGUACUCACAAUUCUACGAGAUGAGAGGACGCAGUAAUGAUGUCAUAUACCAUCUUAUUCACUUUGCAAACCACCCUAAGGCGUUAGAGGCAAUGAAAGAAACAUUUAACACUUGUACUCAGUAUGAAGGCGAGUUCAAAAUGUCUGACUAUAGAGUACUAGUUGAGGGAAUUCCGCUUGAACUUGGAAAUAUGCAAAACGAAGAGGAGCUUGCAAACACAAUAUUUCAAGAAUAUUGUGGAAAGACUGUGAUGCUUGCGGAGAUAGAGAACUAUGUUUUAGAGCACACGCCGUUUGUUUUUAGAAAGAAAGCACUGAAGCUGUUGGAAAAACAGACCGAUCCAAAGAUAAUAAAUGUUGUUGAUGCGAGAAAUAGCACAAAAGAACGUCGCAGAUGGUCUUACCCUGACUGGGGUGACUGGAAACUAACAUUUCGUGGCAGCGAUACAUGAUUACGGUGAAGUGAUUAUAAAUAUAUUUGGACACAGUAUUGUAUGAGGCAUGUAAGAUGAUACGAUCGUACUUUUGCGGCACACUCAGACACUCAUAUUUCACAAGCAAUUAUUGUUCUUUUUGAAUAUAAUUUAACAUAACAUGAAACUGUUUUGCCAAUAGUGUAAAUAUUGGAAAUAUUAUUCCAUGUGGAAAUGUGUAAAUUGGUUGCGAGAAGCCUUUUUCCGUCUUUACCUCAGGGUCAUUUAUUUCUGCUUAAUUUUGUCGGACACUGCAUUGGUCAACCUUAUGUUAUUUUGUGAUUAAGUUGAGUCUUGGAUUGUUCGACAGAAGUCAGUUACAUGAUAUGUCAAUUUGGACUGCUCUUAAGUGAAAAACCAGGUUAGUGUCUAUAUGAAACAUAUAGUCAAAACCCUGUAACCAUAAGUAUAAAUAGCGUUGUAAUUCACCCAUAUGAUAAUUAUAGAAGGGUUUCGACCAUUCUACCGACGGAAAAGUUAUUGUGUAGAUGAGAACAUACUCAGACAUGGUAUUAUUAUGAAGUUACGAUGUAUAUAUGUAAAUAUUUAUAAAUUUUUGGAUGUCUUCAUAAAGUUGUUUUAUUUUAAGUGUUUUACUAACAUAUUUGCUUAGAUGUUAUUUUUGUAUUUUGUAAAAAUCGGAUUAAUUUACCCACCUUUUAAGAGUGAUUGUGUAGAAAUGUUAACCCCUUAUAAGAAAACAAAUAACCACGGGAACUGUUUAUAAACUUUAUACUCUCAUUAAUCAGCAGAUAUCCGCGGGAACAGUGUAUACUUGUUUUACCUUCCAGAAAUAAACACUGACUGUUGAUAACUUGAUACCCUCAUAAGUAAACAAUUAUUCGUGAAACUGUGUUUCUAUUUAUACCUUAUUAAUAAAACAAUUAUCCACGGAAACUGUGUUUUAUACUUACAAUUUUAUCAAAUAUCAAAUAUCCAUCGACAUUGUGUAUAACUUAAUAGCAUAAUGAAUGAACAAUUAUACACAAGAAAUGUGGGUAAUAUGUAUACCUUCUGACACAAGGCAAAACGAAAUUUGCUAUUAUAAGAGAUUAGUCGCUGCAUAAUACAAUACUGUACAAAUUGUAUCGACUGAUGUAAAACUCAAAAUGGGCAAUGCUUCGAGAUUGAUUAAUUUAUUUUCAAAAUGUUAUUACCAUACAUGAAUAAAAAAAUAAAUACA